AUGACCAAACAAUCCCUCUCAAGAACCACCGGCAUUGUCGCCCGCGGCCUGCGCACUUCCACUACCCGCACAGCUCUGUUUGCGCCUCGACGUGCUGUUGCUGCACCCACCUCCAGAGCUCUCCUGGUCCCCUUCUUCAUGACAAAGUCGAGAUUCCUUUCAACUACUCCCUCUCAAACCAGAGGUAUCCUGCCUGACUCUGACGAUCCCGCCCCUCCCAAUGUCCAAGAUGAUGGUGUUAAGGCCAUCCCGGCCGACCUUACCGACGGAGAGUACCACGAGGUUGCCGACGCGUACCUCGAUGUGAUCGUGUCAGAGCUGGAGACCCUCGCCGACAAGAACGAGUCCAUCGAGGUCGAGUACUCGGCUGGCGUCUUGACCUUCGUCUUCCCGGACAUCGGCACCUACGUGAUCAACAAGCAGCCGCCCAACAAGCAGAUCUGGCUGUCGAGCCCCAUAUCCGGCCCCAAGCGUUACGACUACGUCGUCUCGGGCGAGGGCCAGAGCCAGAAGGAGGACACGGCCGUCGGCGACUGGGUCUACAUCCGCGACGGCUCCACCCUCGGCGAGCUGUUCCUCAAGGAGCUCAACAUCGACCUCUCCAUGUCCCUUGGCCAAUAG